GCUGCCAAGAAGUGGAAGCAUUUCCUCCAGCAAUGAAUUCCUCAUUUCACCUGCAUUUCUUGAAUCUCAACCUGAGUACCACUGAGGGCAACUUUUCAGGACCAAAUAUGAAGAAUAAGCUGUCACCAUGCGAAGACAUGGGUGUCGCAGUGGAGGUCUUUCUGACUCUGGGUCUUGUCAGCCUCUUGGAGAACAUCUUGGUGGUUGGUGCCAUAGUGAAGAACAAGAACUUGCACUCUCCCAUGUACUUCUUUGUGUGCAGUUUAGCAGUAGCUGACAUGCUGGUGAGCACGUCCAAUGCCUGGGAGACCAUUACCAUCUACCUGAUCAAUAAUAAACUCCUGGUGAUAGCGGACACUUUUGUGCGUCACAUUGACAAUGUGUUUGACUCCAUGAUCUGCAUUUCUGUGGUGGCCUCCAUGUGCAGUUUGCUGGCUAUUGCUGUGGACAGGUACGUCACCAUCUUCUAUGCCCUGCGCUAUCACUACAUCAUGACAGCGAGGCGCUCGUGUGUGGUGAUUGCAUGCAUCUGGACCUUUUGCACCGGCUGCGGCAUCGUUUUCAUCAUUUACUACAAAUCCACUUAUGUCAUCAUCUGCCUCAUCUCCAUGUUCUUCACCAUGCUCUUCCUUAUGGUGUCCCUGUAUAUACACAUGUUCCUCCUGGCACGGACCCAUGUCAAGCGGAUAGCAGCUGCACCCAGAUACAGUUCUAUGCGGCAAAGGACCAGCAUGAAGGGCGCUAUCACUCUCACCAUGCUGCUGGGUGUUUUCAUCGUGUGCUGGGCUCCCUUCUUCCUCCAUCUCAUCUUAAUGAUUUCAUGCCCCCAGAACAUCUAUUGCUCCUGCUUUAUGUCUCACUUCAACAUGUACCUCAUACUCAUCAUGUGUAAUUCUGUGAUCGAUCCUUUGAUAUAUGCCUUCCGCAGCCAAGAGAUGCGGAAGACCUUUAAAGAGAUUAUUUGUUGCCAUGGCUUCAGAAUAACCUGCAGGUUCCCUAGCAGGUAUUAA